UCAUCAUUGGCUCGGCGAUGUGUCAAUCACACCAGUUUACGGAAGUGUAACCCACCCACUACAAAGAUGGAGGACGAUAUCUCAAAUUUGAACAGACCACAAAUGUACUUGUUUGGUUGUACCCUCAAAUCCGACAAACGGGAGUUCAGAGUUGACGUAGACGACGAUGAUACGGAGCAACAGCUGUCACUCAAAGCAGUGUGUCUGGGAGCCGAGGCCGAGGAUAAGUUCCACAUGGUGGAAGUGGAGGGCCUCACUUAUGAUGGGAAAUCCACCAAACUGCCGCUGGUUGUCCUGAAACCAUCGGUGCUGCCCUCUAUGAGUUUAGGGGGGUUUGAGAUCACACCUCCGGUCACCUUCCGGCUCCAGUCCGGCUCCGGACCGGUGCACAUCAGCGGGCAGCAUUUUGUUAGCGUGAAGGAUUCAGAGGAUGAGGAAGAAGAAAACAACUCGUCACCAGUGAAGCGGCCUGCAAGCCUGAUGUCGGGGAAGAAGCCUCCCCUGGUAGCGUCCUCUAAAAAACUGAAGAUGGAAUCUGACGACGAUGAAGACGACAGCGAUGACGACGAUGACGAAGAUGACGACGACAGCGAUGAAGAGGAUGCGAAGCCUCUAAAGAAUGUCGGAAAAGAGCUCAAAAAAAGCCCACAGUUCUCAGCAAAGAAGCCCAACAAGACUCCAGUGAAACUAAACGGCCCCGCAGGAACACCGUCAGGGUCAGCGGUCAAAGCACAGGUCAAGACACCUGCCCCGGGAAAAGACAAACCCCAGGCUGGCCCGUCUAAAUCGCCCCCUCUGACUGAGAUUAAAAGCAAGUUGUCAACUGCAGCCAAGGAGGGGAAGCCUCUACCGAAGACCGAGCAGAAGUUGGAGAAUUACUUGAAGAAUUGUUUUAAAAUCUCAGACAAAAAAGUGGUCAAGGACCUUUGGAGUUUUGUAAAAACACUGAAGAUUGAGAAGAAGUAACAAAGCGAGUCCUUUUUUGAAGCAUUUGUAUGUUUUGCAUCCUGCAAGACAUUUAAAGGCACAGUCCGCGAGAUUUCCUACUUGGCCUUAUUAUGACAUCAUUGUAAACGAUGACGGCGUUAAAGAUUCAGGUGUCAUCGUUUCAUUUCUCUUUAGAUGCAAAGCGUCGUUCGUAAAACUCACUAACAAACUCAUUCAUUCACGUUCUGUCCACUUCAACGCCCCGUUCUGCACCACCUAUAGGGAAGGAAAGUAUUAGCCCCACCUGCACAGAAAUAAUACUCGACAAAAUGUCACAUUUGCGCCACCUGCAGGUAAUACAUGUUGCACCUUCAGGUAAUACAUGUUGCACCUUCAGGUAGUACAUGUUGCACCUUCAGGUAAUACAUGUUGCACCUUCAGGUAAUACAUGUUGCACCUUCAGGUAAUUCAUGUUGCACCUUCAGGUAAUUCAUGUUGCACCUUCAGGUAAUACAUGUUGCACCUGUAGGUAAUACAUGUUGCACCUGCAGGUAAUACAUGUUGCACCUUCAGGUAAUACAUGUUGCACCUUCAGGUAAUACAUGUUGCACCUUCAGGUAAUACAUGUUGCACCUUCAGGUAAUGCAUGUUGCACCUUCAGGUAAUUCAUGUUGCACCUGCAGGUAAUACAUGUUGCACCUUCAGGUAAUACAUGUUGCACCUUCAGGUAAUACAUGUUGCACCUGCAGGUAAUACAUGUUGCACCUUCAGGUAGUACAUGUUGCACCUUCAGGUAAUACAUGUUGCACCUGCAGGUAAUACAUGUUGCACCUUCAGGUAAUACACGUUGCACCUUCAGGUAAUACACGUUGCACCUGCAGGUAAUACAUGUUGCACCUUCAGGUAAUACACGUUGCACCUUCAGGUAAUACACGUUGCACCUUCAGGUAAUUCAUGUUGCACCUUCAGGUAAUGCAUGUUGCACCUUUAGGUAAUACAUGUUGCACCUUCAGGUAAUACAUGUUGCACCUGCAAGUAAUACAUGUUGCACCUUCAGGUAAUACAUGUUGCACCUGGAGGUAAUACAUGUUGCACCUUCAGGUAAUUCAUGUUGCACCUUCAGGUAAUACAUGUUGCACCUUCAGGUAAUACA